CCUUUUGAUUUGUAUUUGUCGAUGCGUGUGUCCAAGAUGGUUUCGCGGUCAUGGGCUGAGUGGGCAUGGUUGGUGAGCCUGUUGCUAAUUGUGCACCUGCAUCUCAACGACGCCAUCUGCAGCGAAUACUUCAACUUUCCAAAUGAGAUUGAUCUUUCUGUGCUGAGCGGGAAGUGGGUGACGUUGGCCAGCACCAGGAGGGUGAUGCCUUGCCACAUCCUACACGGCCACAUGGAAUCUAACUCUACAUUGCGGCUGGAGGAAGAGUGGAAGGUGCCAGGUUGGGCGACAAAGGCGUGGAACUACAGUGUCACUGACAGGGUGGUCGUCAGUGGGAAUCACUUGGAAGUUAUCCAGCACGGCUUUGACGGAUUGCUGUAUAGAGGACGUGUGGACGUGGGUGUAAAUGGCGACAAACUGUUACUGGUGCAGUGUAACCCGAUUUUAUGGGCACCCGUGCCCCUCAUCACCGUCCUGGCCAGAACAGUCCCCAGCAUUCCCGAGGAUGACGUGAGGGUCGUCCUCGACCAUUUCCAAGUACGAAGGACCAGUCAAGCUAUGACCCUGAUCCAGCACGAGGGCUGUGAUGCCCUCACGGCCCCAGUGACCUCUGUGUUGGCUUGAAGAACCCUGGACGUAGAGAGCACCGUCUGGGAAAGGUUCCAGCCCCGCCAGGACCGUCAGACGCCUGGAGAAUUGUGGAGUCGCCAAACAUGAAUAGCAUUUAAUAGGAUACACUCAAACAGAGAAAAGGUCACGCACGUCAGUGACUGGGCUUCAAGCAAACGAGGAAUUAUAGAAUGUAGAUUAUUUAAGGUUCACUUUGACCAUAUUUAACAAAGUCUGACGAAGCCAGCUAUAAAGAGGCAAUUCCUAUAUAU